GCUGCCUGGUGCGUUUCGUGACGUCGUACGCAAUAAAUCGUGUUGUCACCGCAGGGAAAAAAUACUACUGAAAAUGUUCUGUAUUAGUUCGUAGUUUCGCCACCACAGUUGGCUCUGUAUGAUAAUCUGGCAUUUAUUUUAAGGCGUUACGUUACCUAAAAAAUAAUUAGCUUCAUACUUAAUACAGAGACGCUUGCUUUGAAGUUAUGCUGCAGUUUAAAUAUUGGUUUUAAUAUUACUGAUUUUUUAAGAUAGGCUUGCUAGGGCUGCCAUGCACAAGCGCUAAGAAGAUGUCAACGAUUUGGAGUCCACGAAUCCAUCACCUUGACCAAAGUAUUUAAGGUAUUCAGCAAUAGACGAUUACUUUCAAUCCAUCCAUCUUCCUUGCUUGUAAUUUCCUUGUCAAAACGACUAAACAAAUACAUGAGAUCAGUGAGCUUAUUACCGGCCUUUCUCCCCAUUUCUAAUUUCAAUCUCCUUUCGGCUUUUUCAUGACUUGAUUAUUCCCAGCCCUGAACCUGACACCCUCUUAUAAACCUGUCCCCACCCCGUCCCCAUAACCCGGGUCCCAUCAGACCUGCAGCAUUGCCAUGCUGGGCUGUCUGCUGCGUAGGAGCAUGUCUCACAGACUGAGUGUGUUUCUGGUGGUCUUCGGCCUGGCCUGGUGUCUGCUGCUGCUUCACUACACUAUCACACAACCACGGCGCCAGAGCAGCACAGAACUCCGCCAACAGAUCCUCGAGCUCAGCCAUCGCUAUGUCAAAGUCCUUAGCGAGGAGAACCAGAACCCUUCAGGGCCCCAUGGCACCUCCAUGGCAGGAUAUGCUGACUUGAAGAGGACAAUUGCUGUACUGUUAGAUGAUAUUCUCAACCGUUUGGUGAAGUUGGAAGGGAAAGUGGAAGCUGCUGUGAAUGCCUCCAUACAGAACAUGUCCCAUCCUGCUGCCGGCACUCUUCUUGCUGCCAGAGUCACCGUUUCCAGGUCCACCAAACAAAAUAUGUCUGCCCACCGGCCAGAGAGACGUAGUAACCCUCUGCACCUUCUGCCACAAUCACCUGAAAGGUCCCAUAAGCCACACUCUUUAAAAUAGCAAAGUGUGGUCAGGAACAUCAUCUGUGCCACUACAGCAAAGACUCCGAUACAGAGAUAAAUAUAUAUUUUUUAGACUAAAGCAGCUUUUAGACAUCCUUUUUCUGUUGUGCACAUGGGUUUCAGCCUGAUUGUUUUGUCUUAAAUUCAUGGACCACAAAUAUAUUUUAUAACUUAUGUGCAAUAUGGAAUAUAAGAUAUGAGAGAGUGACAGGAUGUGUUUUCUAAAUGAUUUUUCAUGUACGGAUGAGUGUUUCAUAAUGAAUGUACAGCAUUAUCUCCACAGCUAGCUAACUGUGUGUAGUGCACUUAAUUGGAUUCCAGAGCGAAGGUUUACAUGUAGCAUCUUUUAAUUAAGACUUUGUGCUUUGCAAUGCAUUAGCUAUUGAACUGUGGAGGAAACGAGCUGAUCCAAAGAAUAAUCUCUGAAUCGUUGAUUGAUGGCUGUAUUGCAGGUUCAUUUUUUUAAGGGUGGGGAUAUACCUCAGCUGCUGUCAGUACAUGAAGCUGAACGCCAGCAAAAGUGAACGCAGCAUUACCAGACAACACAAUCCAUACAAUAAAACACUUACGAUACU